UCAAAAUCAAACAUGGCGGAGAAUCUAUGGCAACUGUGAUUUCAAUCAAAAGCGUCGUGAAGUGAGAAUUUGUGUCCACCUAGUGAUUUUCAUAACAUUUACGUUAAGAGGCCAUGGAGAAAACCAUUCUGCUCUAUCAAGAUGUUACGUAAGCUCUUAUUUGCAAGGCAAGGAAGGUAAAGUUUAUCAGCUCGGAGAAUUCUUUAUAAGCAAGAGAGCAGGCUAGGGAAUAUAUUUUCGAGAAAGGUAAACAAAUUAAUUCUUGCGAUCUAUACUUGUCUUCAACUCACGAUUCGCCUUUUGUGAGCUGUUUACGUUUUCGUUCCAUAUGAUGACGUUCAGGAUAGGCCGAGUUUGCAUCUUGAAACAUUUUCGUGCAGAUUGUCAAUGAAAUUAUCAGUGCAAUUUGCAUGACCUCUGUACACAUUCAUUUAACGUCGUCAUCGUAAAAGGCAAGUCAAUAAAAGAUGGUCAACUUUACAGCUGAUGGGGCAAAGGAUUUAUGUGCUUUGGAAAAUCAUUCAGCAAUUUUUCACAAAUCCCGUUUAUCCCUUGAUUAUCGACGGAAGUCGAGUCUAACACAUAAGUUCAUUCGUCUUUAAUCAAAAUGAAUCGGAGAGACCUGUGCAACACAACAUAACCAGGUUCCUUUAGAAUAUUCUCUUGAAGAAUUUCAAAAAAAUGCAUCACGUUUGGAAGGCGUCUGCAAUGACCGCAAAUAUUUGCUCUAUAUAAUUGUAAUUAUCUUACUGAACACCUGUUUAUACCAGUUUUUCCUCAGGGAUCCACUGAUCAGUCUUUUCAGUCUUAGUAAAAUAAUUAUUAUUAUCAUUACUCCUACAGACAUUAUCAAAGUGAAUGUUAUUUAGAAUAAUUCCUCUUUUUGAAAUAUCAUUUUGCAGGUUAUACCGAGUUCAUUAAGGAUGGGAGAUGAUGAUAAGCCCCUUCGCUUCACCAUUGAAAUCUUCAAUGCCCAAUUUGUAACUUCAGGAAGAUACUUUUUGAUUUUGAGAAUAGUUGGAAGCAAGGUUAAACAGUCUAAAUUGAAGCUAUACGUGGGCAGUUCUGAUGUAGCAUUGGAGGAUUAUCAGUUUACUACAGAUGCAUGUUUAGAAGAUGGGGAUCCUGAGACUUUGGUGACUUUCACAGAUUCAGUCAUCACCUUUUGGAUGCCUCCUGGUAUGUUUAUUGCUCUUUAUCUAUAUUUGUCAUCCAGAGUUGUUGUUAGAAGCCAACAGAUGAGGGAUGAAACCUACCAGCUGUCAAAACAUUUUAUACUGUCCAAGUGAAUUGUGAUCACAGACAGUAAAUAGCUAUGAUUUGACUGAUUCUAAUGUCAAUGUCUAACAAGGAAAAGUCACUGAAAUUAAUGUCUCAGAAAGCUAGAAAUCAUGUCUCUGAGAAUUUCUAAUAUUUGGGGAACACACCAUUCAGACCUCUUCUAAAGUGCGUGUUGCUUUGCAACGCGCCAUGCUUGGUAUGCAGGAUUUGGAUUUAUCUGAAUAUGAACUGCUUACAAGGAAAUUCUUUAGGGAUGUGGCUGUGGAGGCUUCCUGUCAUUUGUGUAAUGUGUACAGCCUUAUACUUUGUCAUGUAAAACUUGUUUUGUUCAAGGUGGCAUUGAGUUGUAAACAAAUCUAAAUAUUGGUUAUAUUGCUUAAUAAGUUCAAUUUCUUUUGAACAUUCAAUAUCAGAGAGUGUGGAUGGGGAUAUUCAACUUGUGAUUGAAGCAUAUCGUCUUCCAGAGAAUCCCAUGCAUGAAGGUGACAAGUGUGGGGAGGCCGUGUUUAGUGUCUUCCCUAGAAGGGGUGCAUUAUUCUCAGGUGUGCGGCGGUCAACACCAUCAACUAAAGAUUCUAAUGAACUAUACCAGUUCGAGACCAACAUUACACUGAAUCAAGUCCAAGAAGAUGAAGGACUUUGGAUUAGUUGUGGUUCAAUCAGGGCAGCUAUGCGACUUGUAUUUGAAGAGGAAGAGCAACCGAGUAAGCUGCAUUUUAAAUGCUUAUUAAUGUAGUUCUGAUUUAUUGGUAGGUCAGUUGGUCUGGAUUGCUCUAAAUGAGAUUGAGGUAAUCAGGUGUUGGUGCAAAAUCCUGCUGUAGUUAUUCUGUGGCUUUGCAGAAAGUUUUACCAUUUAGAUUUUGUGGAAGGAAAAUGUGAUUGGUGCUUGACAUGUUUAAAUAAAAUUGUAACUCAAAGCUGAGUAGUAUUCCAACACAAACCUGCAUAGCUUUGCAAAGAUAUGAGAGCAUAGGAUAUUUUAAAGUGGAUUGUUUGUUGUUUGUUUCUUAGCCAACAAAUUGCAGUUGGAAAAAUUGAGUGACAUGGCCUUGUCAGGUAGAAACAGCUUACUUGAACAGCAAAUAACAGCAGGAAGUUUAGCCAACUUGUUCCCAGGUAGUGAUUUUAAAGUACCUAAGACUGGAAAAACUUUGGAGAAAGAGCAUGCCAGCAAGGAAACAUUGAGAGAAGACAGAGAUGUUGUAGAUAUUCAGUUACAGGUUUUACAAUGUGAGUAUUAUAAUGAGACUGUAUGCCCAUUGGAGCACAGAUAGUGGAUGGUUUUUAAGCAUAAUUUAUGUAGUUAAUGUUAUUUGACAGAAAUUGGCCUUCAGAUAUUUGGUUCACCUUAUACAGAAUAUCUACAUUUACUGUGAAUAAUCUCUCAAUUUUUCUGUUCAAUUGAUUCCGCUACUAGGUACUGUUAGCAAAAUUUGAGUAAUUUUAACUAUCAGGCUGUACUUGGAGAAUUUUUUUAGUACUUGGAAAAGGAAGGUCAAUGUGUUGCCCACUUGAGUUCAGCUUAUGAAGCUUAACUAUAUUUGCAAGUUUGGGUUUUUUGUGACUGAGCAAUAGGUGUCCAGUGGUGACUAUGUCUAGAAUGAAUAGAAUGAGAUUAUGAUAAAUGAUUUUUAGUGGUUACUACUAAUAAAACAAAAUUCUGCCAAAAGUUUUUUUACUGUAAUUGGUUUUCACUGGUAAUCAUGUAUUGCUCAGUUGAGAACUUUUCUGGGUUGUUUUGAAACUUUUGAAAAGGCCAGACAAAGUGUAUAUGAGUCUAACUGGUAAUAAAAAUCAUUCUUGCUCAGGUUACAGCCACCAAAGUUCUGUGUUAUGACUUUGUUUAGGUAUACAUAUAUAUUUCUAGUUAGUUUAGUGACUAAAGCUGUCAGGUUUUAUUUCAAAGAAUUUAAAUGGUUUUAGGUACUGAGUCCUUCAUAGUUCAAAAACAGGAAGAUGCGGGAAGUUUAGCUAACUUUUUACCAGGCAGCAGGGAUUUAGAGAACAAAGACAGCAGAACUUUAGCUACAGAUGUUGAAAAUGAAGAAGUGAUCUCUUUCUGUGAGUUGAAACAAUGGCUUACUCAAUUUUCUGUAAGGUUUAUAACUAUCAUGGUAUACUGUUUGGUGCUUUUAGGGAGCAGUUAGUGUCAUUUACCGAUGAUUUCUGAGGGUUAUCGUGCAGCAGUAUUAUUUAUUAUAAAUAAUUUGUGGCAUAUCAGUUACAGUUGUGUUGAACAGAAAAUUAACCUUUUUUAAAAGCCAGAACUUGUGUUCUAGGGGAAAAGGAGAGUCAUUUCAGGUGUGCUCCUGAUAAGAUGUCCAACCAACAAACAGGAAACUCAAUUGAUAGCUCAGAUAGUCAGAUAACAAGUGGUAUAGAGUUAGACAGAAAGCUUGAUGUAAAUGAGGUGACCAAUGACAAAGUAGAAAGAUUUUUGGAAGAGAAACUGACGCCACCAGAAGUUGAGGGGAGUUUGUUUAAAGCAAUGCAGCCAAUGGUGGACCAUGUGGACAAAAGUCCAUUAGAACUUGCCAUAGAGAAGAGAGAGUAUUUAACUGAACAGGAACUACAAUAUGAUAGCUGUAGAUGGAGAACUCCAGAUAACAGGUUGCGUUUUGUUGAAAAAAGUGAUGAGGCAAGAGUCGCAAAUGUGAAGGAAAGAGGCAACAGAGAAGAAUUUCCAUCCUGCACAGAAAGACAGUCAGGUUUCAGUAUAUAUCCUGAAGUGAUAAUGUUUACUUGUAAGGAUGAUGCGCCACUCAUGAAGCUUAGAUCACUUGGUUUGUGAAUUUUUUCAAAUGACUAUGAUCAACACUGUGCCAUUAAGAGUAAUUGUAAUUGCAAAAGGAACUCCAUUUGGUAUCAACAGAUUGAAGCUUAGGAAUAAAAAGCAGCGCUAAGCAAGUGGGAAGCUGAAAAGAGGCUUAUGAUGCUGUGACAGAUUGUUUUUCCAUUGUUAGAAAUUACUCCUGAUUGUGAAUUUUUUUUUUUUCCUGUUAGAACCUUCUAAGAAGCCACAACCAAUUCAAAUUUCCAGAGAACCUAAACCAGGUCCUUCAACUGCACCAGAUACUCCAGCGGGGUUUAAAAAAGUGAGUAACUUUUCUCCAAUUUAUGCUUUAUUUAAUGCUUUUUAACUCCCAUGAUCUGAUUGUUAAUUCUCCCCUCUAACUGACACACAAUUCCUUGUAAAUAGGUUAUGAGAAUUUGGUGUUAGAUCAAGAUAACAACUUCUUUCUGAUAAGUUCAAGUAUUCUCACUACCUGGUGGCUGGAUAAUGUACAUAUAUUAUAGGAAGAAGUUACGAGUUAAUCGCUUGCAGGAGUUAAUGGGUUAAACAAUUUUUCUUGUGCACUGACUUACAUGAGGUUUUAUUGAAAGUCUAAGGUAAGAUGUGGGGUUCACUGUAAGUUACCUGUUUAUUCUUGUUCUGUUGAUGUCAACCAUAAGAUAUUUUGAAGGCAGGUACCCCCAUCCAUACCUCUCACUCCUACCUCUCACUUCAUGCAUCCUCUUAUCACUUCCUUACUUCUCAUUCUUUACCUCUCCCCCCUGUUUCGCAUCCCCUUUCCCUCACCUCUAACCUAUAACCUUUAUCAUUCUCAUGCCCUUUCCUCAUGCACUGCCUAAUCCCCAUCCUCUUACAUGUCACACAACCCUCCCCCCUUGCUUCUUGCUCUUCAGCCUCAGCCACUCCCUUCCCAUCAACCUCUCAACCAACUCAACCUCAUGUCCUAUCUCCACCCCUCCCCCCUCACCUGACACAGUCGCCCUUCAAUUUAGUUGCUCUCCCUGACUCCUGACCUGUAUUGUUUUUUGAGGGUUUAUCAUACAUUUCAUCCAAUCAGAUCCAGGAGUCUGCCCUUGGUUCACAUGUUAACAGUAUACCUGUGCAUCAUCUAUGUGGAAGUAACACAGCAAGAGAAGGAAAAUGUGAAGUAGCAGUUCUUAUUCAUGGUGCUUUAGGACUGCCAAUGAAAUCUGAUGGAAGGGUUCCACAGCCAUACAUUGUGGGGUGAGUUGUAGAAACUUCUGAGUGACUGGUAAAAGAACAAUAGUUUGUCUGACAUCCUUAUAUCAUGUAACAGCUUAUGAUUAUUUUAUCAUGCCAUUGUUAGUGCUUUAAAAGUAACAAUGGAUAUAAAGUCAUUGCCAAAGACGGUAGAAACAAUUUAUGUAAGUACUUAAUUAACUAUGCAAGGGUUUUUGGUAUACAUGUACAUCCACUAAUUUGACUUUCAUCUCCACCAAGUGCUGUGGAAACACUUCACUCUGCCCUUGGUUAUGAUCAAACAGUGUUAGUCAUUCAUGACCAUAUGUUCUUGUUACUAACAUUGAUAAAGGGCUAUUGGAACAUUUUGUUACAUUGUUACAGGAAGUCCAGAAGAGCAGUGACCCAGAUGCAAAUGGGACAGUCAGUGACCCAUGCUGUCAUUCAACCAACACACUCUCCAUCUUGGGAGGAACUGCUGCUGAUUGAAAUUAAUGAAGAUGAAGCUAAUAAUGAAGGUUUGUCUUACAAAAAUUUCAAACAAGCUGUUAGCAAACUGGCAUAUAUUUACAUGAAUACCUAUUUUUUUUCUCACACAGCUGUUAUCUUGCUGGUGGCAGACCAUCCCAGCAAAGAGUUACUGACAGAGUUUACAAUGCCACUCAGUCAUUUGAAGCCUUUUCAUCAAUAUCAUUUAGAGUUGGUUCAGGUAUUGUACACUGGUGUGUGUGAAAAGGGCAUACUAUUUAUUCACAAAUUUUUGGAAGAGUGAAGCAUGCAGGUAGGUUUCCUGUGGCCAUUUUCUCAGAUCUGUUUUUUGACUCUGGUCAAAAGCUUGGGUGGAGGAGUGCAGGCUAGAGCUACUUGUUUAUAAAUUAAGUGGUGUUUUGGUAGCCAUUUCUUACAGAUGUUAAGUGUCCUUAGUCACUUUGAGUCAUGGAAUCCACGAUAAAUUUUGGUGAUAAUUGGGCCACCUGGAUCCUUGUGCAGAUUAUUAAUCUGUAGACGUUCAUUUGACUCUUGUGCCUGUUUUUUUUUUGCUUUUUUCGAAAGCCCAAUUCAGAACUUAGUGGUGAUACAAGACUGUACAUCACACUGAUGAAGAAACUGGACAAGUUACCCCUUCCUUCUGUAGAUGCAAAAAUUUAUGGCAUAGAGGUAAAGCAAACACAAGAGAGUGACAUUUGAUUUUGGAGUGCUAGACUGGUCAUCUGCUACAAUGUUGACUUUAUUAAAAGGAAAUUUCCUGCCGUGUCCAUUUUUGCUUUAUCUUAGGUAUUACUGAGGGGCGUGGACUCACCCAUGUUGAGUCAAAUGGGUCCACUAAUUGCAACAGGAAGAAUCGUGAAUGACUGGAGACAAUACAAGUAAGAAUGUGUGUACCUGUACCUUUAGCUAAAAUAACAACCAUGCAAUAACUGUCCUAAUAAUUUUCAAGAAGGAAUCAAGUGGACAAAAUAAUAAAAAAUCAGCAAUGAAUAGAGUGUAAUGAAGUUACUGGUACCAAACAUUAAUGAUCGCUGAAUUUGAAUAGAAUAAGCACGGAAUACCAAUGUGUGUGAUGAUGAUGACAGAAAAUGACAACUGAACAUGAUGCCAUAGUACGGUUAAACGACCUUAACCCUUUACAUCCUAAUAUCAGUAUACAUAUUCUCUAUACUGUCCUCCAUACAAGUCCAAGGAGGCUGACAAGGAGAAUUUAUUUAACAAUCAAGAGCUGCUUUAGUUGGUGAUCAUCUCUUCUAUUCUCAUAAUUUUCAUGUUUAAUUCAGGGGUGAUAUAGUGAGGAGAAAUUAGAUGCUAGUCACUCUUAGGGGCGAAAGGGUUAAAGAAGAAGUAACUAUUCAAAUAAUUUGUUGUAAAUAUUUGUGACAAGUAUAUUUUUAAAGGAUAAGCGAUAUGUAAACUAUGAAUUACCACAGAAAUAGAGCACUCCUUUUUACUUUUAUUAUCUUGCUCAUUACUUUACCUCUCAUUCAUUCCUGACAAAUGUUGUGUUCAUCCAAGGGAAACCAUGUUAUCAGCCCAGCCCAGACCAGCUGGGAUAACGGUGACCACCAUUCACUUCCCAUCUCCACACCCAACAUCGUUUGCCAUAGCAGGAGCAGCAAAUGAGUAUGGAGCUCCACAACUGACAACCACUGCUGGGCCCCAGGAACAGCCACAGUGGAACCAGACUAUGUUUUUCCUAGGGGAUAAAUCAAGUUUAUUCACUGCUGAAUCAGCUUUAGUUUUAGAAUAUUACCCAGCUUCACUAGGUAAGAUAAUAGUGAUGCACUUGUGUUACAAUUAGAUACUGCUUUGUAGAAAACACAGCUUAGUGGUUACUAAACUGUUCUCUUGUUAUGACAUGUGAUUUUGAGACCCGGUGAGGAUUAUUGUGGUGUGUUCUUGGUCAGGGCACUCUAUUAGAAGUAUAGAUGGGUACUGAUGAAUUGUCAGGGAAAUUUUUUGAAAGACUGGGACUAGCUUCCCAUCUAGGGGAGAAACAAUACUCCAAGAUGUUAUGGAAACCAAGUUGAGAUGUGCAAUUAAUAGGCUGCUGAUCCCUAAGACUUGACUUUUUCUAUUUUGACCAAUUGAAAAGGCUGUUAUGUAAAUCAUUCUCACCUGUUUAUAUUGAUCACCUGAUAUUCAGGGUAGGAGUAGGUUGGGAUAAGAUAGCAAUAAACAUAGCUCUCUAUGUUAUGAGAUUUUGCUCUGGUGUGGUAGGCCACUUGAAUUUGUAAACAAAUUUGCACAUGACUAAAACUGGUACUGUUGAUUAUAUUGAACAGCAAUGACCAGAGACUGUUGGCAGCUAACCAGCCCUGUUGGUUACUCCUACCAAACAAUGGAUCAGUUGCUGCUUUCCAGCUUGCAGUGGGACAGUGCAAAAAUGGGGCUAAGGGUAGAUAAUCUGCCAGUUGAGGUGAAUUACUAGGAUUCUUUAGUUAACUAUGUCACAUAUAUGUAACCUUAUUAUAACGGUAACAAAGGGGUGAUGAAAAAUAAAAAGAAAUCUGAAGUGUUGCAAGGAUUUGAAUCUCUCACCUUCUGAUUUUAUCAUGGUCUCUUUCACAAAACUGACUGCAAAAUGACCACAAAAUUAGGAGAUUGAGGUUUGAAUGGUUGUGGAUUCAAAAAUGUUUACCUGUUCUACCUCACGUGACAAGUGUCAAACAUCUUUCCUCAAUUAGUUCUGUCUGUAAUAUAAGAAAGUUUUAGACUGAAUUUUUUAAGGCAAGAUUCAAAACUGAAACAAAUUGAUCAAUACAGUUAAACCUACAUGACAUGAACAAAAAGUUAAAUAGUAUGAACUAGGACAAACACUAUUAGCAAAAGUACUAUGUUCAGUUUUUUUUUAAUUAUUUUCUUAUUGCUUUACUCUGUUUUCCUAUAAAUUAAAGGGAGUUCUGUGGACCUUAAGUUCCUCCAGAAUCAAAAUUUUUGUUACUAGGCACUAAGGAAAACUUGCUUGCUGUUGUUUUAAUUUAUGUUUUUAAUGUAUGUUUGUAGGGUUCUAAUCUGAGAACUGCUAUUGGCUUAGGCCCCACAGUUGGAAUGGUACUCAGACUUGUCACAGAUGAGGUAUGUAAAAAUAUUGCUGUAUACAGCUGGUAAAGAGUUCAUAAAUAUAUUUAUAAAAUAAUUCAAAUAGUACGCGCGCUCCGAUUGGCCAUAAAACCAUUUUACAUGAGCGUAUGUAAACACGGUUUUCGUUCCUCUUUCAUUAGUUAUUUUAUAAAAGACAUGUAAAAUGGUUUCUGUGUUUACAUAGCCUGAUGUAAACACGCGGGAGGUUGGGAGAACACUCGAUAAGCUGGAAACCACUCCGCUUCGCGUCGUGGUUUCCUACGCUUAUCUCGUGUUCUCCCAACCUCCCGCGUGUUUACAUCAGGCUAUGUAAACACGGGAACCAUUUUAUAUUUCUUCAAUAUAUAUAUAUUUUUUGGUCAGUUUUACUGACUGAGGAAGAUUAAUCUAUUAAUAGUUGUUUGAUUAGAAGAUAGAUGAAUCUUCCGUUUAUCAGUGCUAUGAAUUAUGUUUUAAGAGGUCUGAUACCUUACAAGGGAGGAGGGGGGUAGUAAGGUGGCAAAAUUUCCUUUCGCGUCAUGCUUAAGAAACCAGAAACCAUGGCAAUUUGAGCUAAUUGGCCCGUAUGUAGACUGUAACUUUCCUUCAAGGGGUUUCUUAUGGUAUGUUUUUGCCGUGAGUUGGUUACGUAUCACACUAGUACAAAUCACAUUGAAAUUGGUUUCUCGUGGUUACAGAUAGGGUCGUUUUGUCACUCACACAUGCUUUUGUCUUACAGAAACCUGACCAGCUCUUGUCUGCCGCCCACUUGUCUUCAUUACCAGUUUUCAGGGAAGGACCUCAAGCAGCACCUCAUGAUGAGCCUGUACAGGCAGAGAAUUUCGGAAAAGCAGGACAGGUGGUUAAUUUAUAAUCUUCCUGUCGUGAAUUUGAUUGGUAAAGAUGAAUUUAGCUUAAUUUUUUUCACAAGUAUGACGCGGACAGAAAUUUCCGAAUCCAUAAAAGAAGUGAAACUAAUGGCCUCUCCUCCCCCAAACCGAUGAGAUGCCUUGCCAGUAAGUUAGAAGGAUUACACGCCUUGAUGCCCUAACCGGCUUCAAAGUUAGCUGGUUUCCAGUUGCCAAGGCUAGGUAAACAUGACUCUUCAGUAAAGAUACUACACAGUGGAAACAUACGUUGAGGAACCAGGGUCAGAUUCACUAACUUAUUCCGGUUUUUUCUUUUCAGGCACCUUAUGGGCUUCCUCCAAUGAAUGCAGUCAAAAAAAUGUUGCCACAAUUUCAUUCUUUAUACACUGCGCCAAGAAAUGAACCAGUCAAAGAAUAUGUGCCACUGGGGAAAUUAUCACCUCAAGAAGGGUGAGGCUUUAGUGAAGUAUUUCACUGCUGGAGCAGAUAUAGACGGUGCACAAGAAAGGGCUGACAUAUCAUGGUUAAGGCAUCGCGUUACUUCUUUAACAUCUAUUCAAAAGACCCCUCGUGAUUUAAAGAAGAAUUUUAAAAAAAUAAUAACUGGGGACAACGAAUUCACUAGCUCCCCCUUUUAUAUCGGGUAUUUAUGGUGUGCUUAAUAUGAUGUCAAGUACGGAUGUUGUCGUCGUUUGAAAUUGACUCUCGUUCCUGAUCUUCAAUUCAUCUGUGUACAAUCCCGGUACAAUUUCCAUGCAGUCACGAAGUGGUAUGAAUUGUUCUGUAAAACCAAAAACUGAAAAAAAAUUUUUUUUGCAGCAACAUAAAAAUAUAUUUACUCAUGUACAUCAGAUGUAUGGCAAACCAACCACCCCCGUACCCCUUCCUUUCUUACUUUCACGGACUCAGUGAGGAGGGGGGAUCUUUAUGGUCUCAUUGAGGCUAAGCCAAAUGAGAUUCUUUUAACUCGCAAGCUUCUUUUACGAGGUUUCCAUUUGGUACUCUCUUUAUUAGAACCGUUGAUGCUUAUGGGUCAAGCCAGAUUCCUCCGGAGGUGAGCACUUUUUACAAACAGAUUGAAGCUUCAAAUCUGCUUUCCUUAAGUAUAUUAUUUUGCAUAUGAUCCCGAAUAUUUAAACAAGAAAGCAAAGUAACGCAAAGAAAUGUAGUUAAAUUACUAUUGUAGCUCUGUUGCAACACUGCAUAUUUUAUUUUGUGUCGUGAAAGGUAAAAUUUCCUUGAUGUAGCAGUGUAACAAAUUACCCCACACGACUGAAGAUUAUCUGUAACGGUUGAAUUGGCCUCGUCUCGGUUAUAGCAAGAUGAACAUCUUAAUGCAAUGAUAGAUUUAUCUUGAACAGAAUACAGUGAUGAGAAUUUGAUGUGGAAGUCUUUUUCUUUCCCUUUUUUGGUUGUAUGUUAAACGUUCCUUCAUUUUAAGGUCAGAGGCAAGCUUGAUGCCAACAGUCUUGCUGUCAUGGAUUACCAAAUGAAGGUAUAGGGGUAAUUUCAGUAUCCAAAAAGUAGGUUAAGAUUCAUUUUUCGUUAUUGGUCAUAUCGAUAGUGAACGUGCAUAAAUAAGCCGAUGGUUUUUGAGAAAAAAUGUGAAAAUAUUUCCCAAAAGUAGUGCUACAUUCUCAACAACAUAAAUGGUUAUUGCCAUCAGAAAAAAUUUCUAAAUGUCUAGUAUCUCGAUAUACAGUAUUAUUGAGGAACUAAAGCACACGUGUUUUUCAGACGACGAGGGUAAGCGGAAGUAUAGAGUUCUUUUCCUUGGUGCUUGUUAAAGAGCUUGGUCUUUACUGUUUAGUUUAAAAUGCUGUAGCCAUGGCUUUUCAGUUUUAACGUUGAUAUGGAAGCACGUCAGAAGUGUUUGAAUUCUCCUUUCAGUCGCUGUUUGUGUCAGGAAAAAGAUCUGUGCUGAAGUUCCAUCAGUUUUAAGGAUAGCAUGGAAUGUUCUGUAAAGGUCAAUUUAAGAAAAGAAUAAAGAUUUGUUUUUGUAAAAUACGUUGAGACAAUAUCAUUAGCAUUUAGACAUGUUGCUUCUUGUGGGAUUUGCAGGAGGUGGAUCGCUACAGAACAGCAAUGAGAAAAAUGGCAGCUGAUCUCCUGCAUGUGCGAGAGGAUUGCAAACGUUUAGAGGUGAUUAGUUGUUGAGUAGUAGGAACCGUCUGGUUUUAGUAAGUAAGUUUAGUGUGGUAAGAUGAGUUGAUAAUUUCAACUCGUUGUUUGCGCAAGUCCAGCCCAGCGAAAACGUUGUUUUCAUUUCAACCACUUUUUUAUUGUAGAAGGCUUGUGUGCCUCUAGGUUGCGAUAAAUUUUUAAAUUAUCAAGGGGCGAUCAGGUUAAGAGAGAAAGUCCUAGAAUGUAGGCCUUCAUUUAUUCUCAAGGUGAUAUUUCUCGAGCACUUUUUUAGAUCACUUUCGAGGCUGGAAAUUCUAAUCACGUAUGGCGAGUUUUGCUCGUGCGCACAACCUAUGGGUAAACGUUGACGGGUAAGUCAAGAAGCCUAGGUUGAAUAAGCUACACUGUAUUGGGGCCUUAAGUUUAUUUUUAGUUGUAAUUGAUGCUUUCAGGAAGCUAACAGUAGGCUAAGGAGAGAGUUGGGCCAACAUGACGAGAUAUCCAGGUUGAUGGUCAGCUCCAAAGACUUAGAUAAUGUGACACAUUCUGAGCUGGUACAGAAGUUUGGUAAGAGUUGCUGUACCCUUGUUCUCGGCCGCUAUGAAACACAACGUCGUCGUUGCCUAAAACAGUUACUGUUAAAGUUUUCUUACAAUUGGGUGAAAGUCCAAUUGAAUGAGAAGCAGCUUACACUAAAAUAACGGUCUUGAAACUUUUGUGUUUUACUUCAAGCCAUGUUUAGCAAAAUACGUUCCUCUUCUUACCUUGUAGCCCGUGUCCUCGCACUUGUUCUUGUUCUUGUUCACAUGUUAAACCCUGAUUUUAUUUAAAUCACAGACCAAUGCUGUCGUUUUUUAUUUGCAUAGAGUAGUCGUGUUAGUGUUCUCUGACAAAUACUAUGAAAUGCUAGACUGGGUCUUCGUGUUUGACGGGUUUCAUUCUGCUGAGGACUGACACCGCAACAUAACUUUCUACUUUCUGAAUUUUCGUACUUGCAGUGCUCCUGAAAAAGAAGUUGGCAGAUGAAUCCGCAAAGAAACAAGAAAUGAAAUCAAGACUUCAACAUCUUCAGAAUGAUCUUAUCAAGGUGGCUUUAUAUUGUCUCUGAUUUACUCAUAAGAUCCGAUAAGUGAUUCUCAUGCAGGCUUUCUAGCUGCUAUCUCCUACCUUAUCGCCAGCUUGUUCGUUAACGUUUUGAAAUUAUUAGCUAUGACAUGUCUAAUACUUCUAUACACAAAAGGCUACGUUUGAAAGGGCAAUCUCACUCAGAAUUUGCAUGAGAUAUACUGACGAAGUUAUAAAUUUGCAGAAAAAUGAGAUGGAGAAGGAUUUUUUGAAAUUACAAGAAGCUCACGAAGGACAACAGGCACUUCUACAAAAGUUGCAGGUGAGUGGGAUACACUACAGCAAAUAGACGUAUAAUUUUGUUAGUUCUUGUCGCAUUUGAGAAAGAAGUGCUGGUAAUCUGUGAACAUAACUUAAUUCAACGUACCGUAACAGCUCCGCGCAAUGGUGUCAACCCUAAAUAGCGUACAUUUUAAAGAGUGCUGUUUUCAUUCAUAGUCUAGAAUUGCCAUCGUGAUAAUUUGCCGUACUUUUCUUGAUGAGAUAGUUUCCACGACCUGAAAAAGGGAUGGAAAAGACAUAUUAAAGAAAAAGUGCUAGAAUGUUGCUUGUAAACUUUGUAGUGUGGUGGAAUUUCUCCUAUUACCCUGGUCAAAAAGUUCUGUCGGUGCAAUUGUAGGGUCCAAUUUUCUUUUAAACUCCCACAACCACUCCUUUGCUCCACUCAUUAUUCUGGUAUUUAAUUCUACUUGUGUCACCGUCUUUUGCUCACACAUGUACAAACUCUAUGUUUGGGUUGAAAAAACUGAUCUGGAGUGUCUUCGCUGGCAGGGAAAGGUACAAAAGGCACAGACGAUUCAAGAUACCUGCAAGAAACAAGAAAAGGUGAAAAACCAUCGAGCGAGUUUGUGAGACUGAGUUGUGAACCUUCCAGAAAAAAGGCGACAGUUAAUGUUUAAAUACGCAUUCCUUGUAGGUUAUUGUACAACUCGAGCAGCUUUUGGCCCAAAAGGGAAAGGGACCAUACAAUGGAGGUGAGUUACCUUUGAAACGCACCUGUAUAUCAAGAUGAAUUACAUUUUUUAUCAGUUUAUAAUAAAGAAACUUGUACGAGAAUGAUUAUAAAAAAAAUACUUGUGUUACAAGGGCGAGUCCAAAGAGGCAAAGUUAUUAGUUUUCAGAGAAACUAUUCCGUUGCAACGAAAGGAGUCUCGGUUUCAACUAUUCACACAGAAUGAUUGUCUUCGGUUGGUAGCAUAAAGCGAAACUAAAUUGAUAGCCGUUGGAGCAGAAGAUCACAUGCGCUUGGUAUCUCAUCCACACCUACCACACCCUUAUACCCAACAUGAUGUUACUUAUAAGGCAAAUCAUAACUCGUCUUUAUUCAACGAUCAAGCUCAAAAUUUACCAUCUUUCUGCAUAUAUUUACCAACUAUAAUCUCCAACUAGUCUCUAUAGAAACUGGCGAGACUUACAGAAAACUCAGUGAAGAGAAUAUCAGACUACAGGCAGAGGUUUUGCAGUACAAGGUACUCAUAAGUUUUAUUAUAGUGUUUUUUAGUUUGACCUGUUUUGGGGAUGCUAAACACGCGGAGGUGACACUUUUACCUUGAAAACACGCACACAUUUGAAGCAGUGGGAUAAAACAAGGCCUGGAUAGCGCCAAAUAAACCUCUGAAUGUGUUGUAAUAUAUCGAAAAUGCCCCGUUUAGUUUGAAUAACGCUCAUUCUUCUGAAAACUACUUUAAGAUAUCAGUGCUCCUUCCCAAUCCUCUAUCUUUUAAACGCCCUGUGCGUAAUAAUCGCCCCCCCUUCCUCAGGGAGGCGGUCAGUGGACCCCAUAGCCAGAAGCGUUCUCAGCAAGGUAUGAAGAGCACACAGUCACUAAAGAAAUCAAUCGGUUGACACCUCUGGCUCUUGGUCAAUUAAAUUAAGGGAAUGUAAAUUGCGCAUUUUGUUCAAUCUCAUGUUUAAAACGAGGAUUGUACAUUUUGCAUUUCUCAGGAGCAGAUCAAAAUGGAUCAGUUUACUAAAUCCCACUAAACCCAUCGUCAAACUCACUCUAUUUCCUGUCAAUAUAUAUUUAUUAUAGGAUAUAUAUAUAUAUAUCCUACUGAUCAAAUAAACAUGGUUUGUGUCCACUGAAUUUUUCGGUGGAAGGAAAGCUACUAGAUAAUUUGUUUUUCUCUCGUAAUCAGGAGCAGUUGAAGGCAGCCGAAGCUAAGCUGAAGAAACCAAGGUAUGUAACUUAAUUUUUCAGUACACAUGCACUUUCAGCCAUCUUACAUCGUUCGGUGAUAAUUGGCCUCUAUCCACUUUUGAGAACUUUUCAGCGUGAGGUUUCCAGUCGGAUUGCGGCUUCAGCUAGAGAUAACGUUUUGGACCCUACUACUAAUCCUCUGGAUUCGCCGACGAAAGCGGCUCUUUCAUCUGUUGGGAUCGUUAGUUUUUAACCUUAUAAGAGUCAAAGUGAUUAGAGAGGGAAUAAAUGCCUGGGAGACUGUCACGAAUUUACCAUGGGAACUGAACCUUUCAUGUAACUACCAGUUGAGGAGGAUACGUAGUGGUGACUGACUGCUUGUCUGAUUUUGUUUCAGAUCACCAGGAGAACAGCGAGUGGUUGGUGCAAGUGUAAGUGCGUCACUCUUGAAUCAAAGGCAUUUUAUUACUAGUUAACUGGUUUCUUUAACAGGGAAGUGUUCAGUCAACACAAAGCUUUCACUGAGAGAGCCACGCUAUGGAUGUGCUUUCCAAAUGUUUCGGCUGCCCAUUAAUUAGUGGAAAAAAACAAGUUCUCUGCGAGUGGCGUAAAGUUUCAAUUGAAAAUUUAUAGUGGGCCCUUGGCUAAAGAUGAUUUUUGAGUAAGUCUAAGGUUAAUACGUAGUAAUUUUGCCUUGAAGAUCGAGAAAUCUUCUUAGCCAUAAAGGCAGAUGGAUGACGAGUUUUGAGAGUGGAAAUCUCGAUCACUCCAUGGAAUUCCCAUUUUGUUCACUGGACAGUAAUGAUUACAGUAGUAUAAACACUUUUAGGGAAAGAGGUGUAGGGUGAGAUCCACUUAUUUUUUUCAUUCCAAAGGUUUUACUUUCGCCGUUGACAGAGUUCAAAUGUUUUUAAAACAUGACGAGACUUGCAUUGCGCAAAAGUCUAAUUGAAAUGUCUGUUUGCAGAAUGGACCGAUGUCAGACAUGGAACGACUGGAACUUUUUGAAAAACUAGAGAAAGCGGAGGGACGGAUUGUUGCUCUUGAAAAACAGGUGAAGCACUCAGCUGCAUUGUUUCACUUUUUGGAAGUGUGGAGGUUUGCUUUAUCUGACAUGUCAUAAGGUGGUCAAAGUUUUUUUAUUGAAUUGUUCAUUUUAUCCUUUGCUAUCCUCUGCUAAGUCCACUCAGUCAUUCGGGUGGGAAGACAAGAAAACUGUCUGAUAGACAAAUGAAUAAAGGGGGUAACUUUCUAAAGAAACUGGUGCUGCGUCGGUGGGAGAGUAUAGCAGGUAAUGUAGUGUUCACAACUGAGUUGAAAGCGUAAAUUGGCCACCAUAAAGAGUUCAAAGGCUGACGUUUCGAGCGUUUCUUGUCGCUCUGACGAAGGGCUAACGCUCAAAACGUCAGCCUUUUAAUUCUUUACGGUGGCCAAUUUACGUUUUCAAUUCAGUUGUUAACACUGAAUUGUCUCUUAGACGGUCAGUCACGAUGGAUGGCUGGUUGGCAGGCUGUAGGCCGUCAGACAGACAGACAGACUGAAAGACAGGCAGACAGUCGAACACACAGACCAACAGGCAGGCAGACAGACACUUACACAGAAAAUUAAUAUCUGGUUAAAAAAACUGAAAAAACAGCGCAGAGAUGUAAUAAACUUAGCUCUAAUAUAGUUUCCUUGGUUUCCUUGCGUUGUCUCUGUAGUUGGCAGAUAACGUCAGAAAAUGGGCAAAGGAUAAAGCCGACCUUCAGGUGACUAUUUUUCUCAUCUUGGAGUGACAGUGUUGGCACAUUUUUUUUUUUUGGUCUAAGAAAUCUUUUGGUCCACCAAGUCUUGGUUCUCUGUAUCUAUCAACAUUUAAAGUUACCUAUCUAUUUUCUUUCCGAGGCGUAUAUUGUUUUAAAAUUACUAUGGAUAGUAUCAGUUUUGCCGAUGUUCCUUCCAAAAUGGAAAGGAGAAGUCAGUGAUGAUGUGUUGUUUGAGUAACUUUGUGUUUUAUUUACGCAGAUGAAAUUAAACGAAAGUCAGGUCGCUCAGAGGACAGGAUACAAAAAUUCUUCCACUUCUGUAGAUAUUCUGGACUGGGUUUGUAUUAGUUUCCUUCUUCUUUUUCUCCAAGUAACUUUUGUAAGACUUCAAACUAAGUGGUUGCAGAUAUAAGAGAAAAACUUGUGUCUGAACGCUGCCUCAGUAUUGUUGUGAGUGACCGUGAUAGUGCUAGUAUCUCACACAUAUUCAUCUUCUUGAUCUCAGCUGGAACAUGAGAGCCUACUUUCUAUCCUGGCCUUUGUUCUGUCUUAACUAAGUGGCAAUACACAAGAAGUUUGUUUCCUUGAAGAUCGGCUUGUUCUGCUGAUCGAUAAAUAAAGUUAUUGUUGCAUAUACCUCAUGCAUUUUUCUGUCUAGUUAUUAUGGCUGUUUGGGUAAACAAUACGUAUAGGGGUGUAUGAAAAGAGUUUACAAAAGCCAGGGCCGAGAUCUUGUGACGAGAAAGUUACCCAUCUAUAUACUAUUAACUUUUAAAGAUUUACGUAGAAAACCUUACGUUAUGAAAUCCAGACCUUUAGGACCAACUGUAAAUCCACACCGAUGUUUAGAGUUUUCAUUAUUCCACAGCAUAAUGGACCAAAGCCAAAUUCACCUUCAAGACACUUGGGUCCGCGACGACCGUCACCUAAACUGGAUCCUUUGGAGAGAAGAUAGCAUUUAGAACUUAGCCAGUCUUAGUGGAUUAUUUCAUGAUCAGAGGACACUGGGCUCCAGCUAGGCACCAACUAUCCCGAACGCCAGUCCAAGAUCUGAAUAUUAAUUUUCCUGUCUAAACCAUGCAUUCUUUGUCGAGUGUUCCUCGGAAUUUGUUUUUAUGUCUAGGUAGUAAUCCCCGACUUGAUUAGAGCGCUUUUCAAUCGAGUGUCGUAAAUCCAAAACCAAAGCAAGAAGAACUACCAAUCAGAAUCAAAGAAACUAUCGCAAAUAGGAGCCAAUGAGUGCUCGAGGCAAAAACAAGUAAACUGCCCGAAGAGCGGGAAAACACCAGUCACCAAGCUAAGAUUGGUUUUUUGCAUCUGAUUGGUUGAGAGGAUAGCACAAGUGUUCUUUACCAAUCACAGAGCGAAAUAAAGCAAAACCAAAAGUAAUCUCGAAUGUCUUUCGACUCUCAAUUGAAAAUUGCUCUGUAAUUCGACCAUCAUCACUUAUUUGCUAAACCUCUGUGAUGUUAAUUUAAACAAUUAUAGGAAUAGGAGGUUAGUUGAGCCGUCUUUACGAAAGGCCUUACGAAUUUUUUUGUCAAGAAUUUUUUGGGACUCACCGAAAAUUCCUUAAAUCUAAGAAAUGGCGGGUUAGAAGUUGAAUACAUUUACGAUCUGUGUACUUCACUACAGAUCUCUAAUAACAACCGAUUCACCAUCGUGGAAGUCGGGAAUAAUCAUCGUAGCGGGGAAUGUUUCAUAAAACUGAAUUCCCAAAAUUCGCUUAUUGAAAGUUUCUUCAGGCUCUGAAGAAGGGUGACAUGACGUCAGUUCUGAAACAUUAUGAUUGAUGUCAUGGUUAUAGUUUCUUCCUUAUAACUCAUUAAGUUAUUUUCUACAAAGUGUUCAAAUGUGUGCA